AUGUGUAUUCGUUUUUUUAAUAAUUUAUCUAAUGUGUACGACAGAUAUGAAAUUAAACCCCAAAAUGUCUACAAUGUUAAUGAGACUUGCAUCACAACAGUGCAAGUGCCUACAAAGAUAGUUGCUAAAAAGGGUAAAAAGCAAGUAGGUGCAAUCACUUCAUCUGAACGCAGAACUCUUGUGACGUGCUGUGUUGCUGUUAAAGCGACAGGAAAUUCAAUUCCUCCAUUUCUAAUAUUUCCGAGACAAAAAUUUCACGAUCAUUUUAUUCGAGAUGGACCCCCUGGGUGUAUCGGUGCUGCUAAUGGGUCUGGCUGGAUGCAAGCAGCUGAAUUCUGGCUAUUAUUACAUCAUUUCGUCAAACAUGCAAAGCCGAGUAAAGACAAUGUUGUUCCGUCACUUCCUGAUAACCAUGACAGCCACCUUUAUAUACCAAGCAUUGAAUUCUGUCAAGAUAAUGGAAUAAUUUUACUAUCUCUCCCAACACACUGUUCUCAUUGUCUUCAACCAUUAGAUGUCAGCGUUUACGGCCCACUAAAACGCUAUGUGAAUGUGGCAAUGAAUUCAUGGAUCAAAAAUCACCCAGGAAUUCGAAUGACUAUAUAUAACAUCCCUGAGAUUACGCGAACUACUUUGCCCUUUGCUCUUACACCUAGCAAUAUCGCAUCAGGCCUCCAAAAAACUGGCAUUUGGCCUUUUAACAGAAAUAUUUUUCAAGAGUCAGAUUUUGCUCCGUCUUCUGUAACAGAUGUUCCUCAAUCUAGUUUAGGUGGUCAAUCAUUAGAUAUUCUGGUUCCUGAUUUUACACAAACUUCUCCUCCUCAAGCUUCGUUAAAUGAACCGGCAUUAGAGAUUCCGCCUUCUUUCUUCUGA